UGUCAGUGACAGUACCAUGGCUGCAGAGAUUGGCCUUGUGUCCAUGACCCAGAUCCAAAAGCUAACACAACUCCAACACCGCAAAAACCAACAACCUCACCCAAACCCUAACCCCUCUUCCACUUGGAUGUGGAACCCUAGGGAGGAAGAAGAAGAUGACUCGUGGGAAGUUAGAGCCUUUGCAGAAGACACAAGGAACGUCAUGGGCACCACAUGGCCUCCAAGGUCCUACACCUGCACCUUCUGCCGAAGGGAGUUUCGCUCUGCCCAAGCCCUUGGCGGCCACAUGAACGUCCACCGCCGCGACCGCGCUCGCCUCCACCAACCACCACCCUCCUCCUUCAUCAAUAUCCCUCCCCAGGAACUUGUUGCAAAUGCUGGAUUGUGCCUCCUUUACCACUUGCCAACAAGCCCUAACACUAGUACUAUUACUAAUACUAAUAAUACUAAUACUAGUACUAGUAGUAGUACUUGUGCACCCUUUCCUCCUCCCACUACUUCUCCCUCCACUCUUCUCUCUAUCUCUCCAAACAACUUUCUCAUGCAAACUUCCUUUAAUUUCCCUUCAACUCGGAUCAACACCUCUUUCUGCUCUAGUUCAACCAAACUCCAACAACCCUCAACCUCUUCCUCUAUCCAUGAUAACACCCACCUCGAAGAGAUUGAUCUAGAGCUUCGUCUUGGACACAAGCCGUAAAGCUAGCCAGCCUCAGAAAUUCAUAAACAUAUUUAUAAUAAUAUAGUGUGAUGAACCACGACCAUAUAUAGUGGUACUGGUACUGGUAUUAUAAAUUGCUAUUUGCUUGUGCGGAAAAUCGAGUAUUGUGUUAUUUGCUCUCUUGUGCAGCUCUGUGGUGUGUGGAGGAGAUGGAGCAUCAUGUCCAGCCUGCGUGUGGCAGAUAGGCUUAUUAUUGUGGGUUUGAUUUGCUUAUUUGUUGGCUGAUUGAUUUUGUCUCUGUGUGAUUGUGUUUGUGACUGAAGGUGCAGACGGAGGAGCAGGUGGGGUGGGGA